AUCAACUGAAUUCAUACUGUAGUGUAACAGUGGUUUAAAUUCUUUGUUUCUCUUGCAGGGUUAGAGAUAUGUUGACAGAUAUCAUCAGAGGUGCUUCAAAGGAAAGCCCAGUGGUGAAAGGAAACUCUAUUUUAGCCUUGACUGGUCUUGCAGUUGCUGUAGCCAAAUACGAAAGCAGCCUUUCCUCAGACACUGAAGACAUGCCUGAGACCGUACCAGAUUUUCUUCCUAUGCAGCAAUGGAUUUAUAUGGUUAUAGAGACUCUCUUUAGUAUCGUGAAUAGCCGUUAUCGCCCUAAAGGACAAGUUUUCCCAUGGUUCUACCAGGUAUGUGCUGUGGCAUUAAAAGCAAGAGCAUAUAUGUGUAUUUUGUACAUGGAAUUCUUUGUCUGGAGUUUUCUGAUUCUGUUUCCCUGUAGCAGCUAGAAUCAUAGAAUGGCU